CUGAACGAGAUUAAGAGCUCAAUUCUGAUUGGAGAUGAGUUUGAUACGUGUUCUGCAGCAUGCAUCGUCUCAGCGGUUGUGUUUCCGCAGCUCAUAUACCGGGAUAUCAAGACUCACCCAGACACGCCAUCGUGGAAAUACACUCAAUUAUGUAGUAAGAUCGCCGAACAAUGCAGUCCGCUCUUUUGCGAGCUCAGAAUCGGGAGCACCUGAACCUCCACCUGCACCAGAACAAUCUACGCCAGAACCGCCCACGCCAGAACCACUUACGCCAGAGGAGAGUCUGCGAAAAACACUUGAUGAAUUCAAAGCGACUAUCCGCCAUCCCUCGUGGAAACAAUAUCAUGAUAACUGGAAUGACAUAAAGAAGGGUGAGCUUGGGCGAGAAAUCACCAUGUUUGGCUAUCUAAGCACGCGACGAGACGUCAAACGGACACUCUCCAUGACACAGCUCCGCCAUAAAGACCUAACAAGGUGCAUCCAACUCAUCUGUUCGUCGAAAGACGAGGGCAGCGAAGAAGCCAUCUCACAUGCGCGCAUGAAAACGUUACGAGAAUGGACUCCAGUCAUGGUUCGAGGAAAACUCAAGAGCCGAGAACCACCCAAGAAUGAUACACAUCUUGGUAUGAAACUGAUUGUGAAUCGUGAGAUCGAGGUGUUACAAGUUGAGCCUCUGAACGAAAUGCCAAACGAUCUCAUCAUCAAGGAAGAAACUGUGUUUGGGCCAGAUCAGCGACACUUGCAGCUACGCAUAGAUCGUCGCUUGCGCGACAACAUCCUCUUCCGGGCAGAUGCUAGCCAGAGAGCCAGGUUAUCGCUGUCUGAAAGGAACUGGAAGGAGAUCGAGACCCCUGUCCUCUUCAAAUCCACGCCCGAAGGUGCUCGCGAAUUCCUUGUCCCGACAAGAAAUAAGGGUUUAGCAUAUGCGCUGCCGCAGAGCCCACAGCAGUACAAACAACUCCUCAUGGCGUCAGGGUUUACCAAGUACUUCCAAUUUGCGCAUUGUUUCCGCGAUGAGGACCUGAGAGCUGAUCGGCAGCCGGAAUUCACUCAACUCGAUAUGGAGAUGUCCUUUGCUGGAGAAGAAGACAUUAUGUCGGAAAUCGAACUAACGUUGCGAGAUCUGUGGUACAAAACGCUGAAACACACGAUCAUCGCCCCGUUCCCAAGAUUAACCUAUCAAGAAGCAAUGGCUGCGUACGGAUCCGACAAGCCCGAUCUGCGGUUUGGAGCAAAGAUACAACCCAUCACCAAGUACCUCCCCGCAGACUUGAUCAGCAAGAUCACUCCCAUCGAGGCUCCCGUAGUCGAAGCAUUCAAACUACGCCUCUCCGACGACCCCAAAACAACGCGAAAAUUCAUCUCCAGCUUCCUCGACAGCCCAGCCGGAAAACCCUUCCUCUCCAACCCCGACGGCGAACCAGGCGUCUUUGUAGGAGACCUCUCCCAGCCCAUGCAAGGCCUCGGACCACUAGGCUACGGAUACGUGAUGGAAGGCCCCGGAGCCCUAUCCACCUCUCACGGCGAUCUUCUAAUCCUGCAAGCACGCGCAAACGCUCCAUUCUCAGGCGGUUCCAGACCCAUAGGAAACCUCCGCCUAGCGCUGUGGAAAGCAGCAAUAGCCCAGGGCCUGAUCGAGGCUCCAAGAGGCGACAACUUCCAAUUCGUCUGGAUAACAGACUUCCCGCUCUUCUCGCCGACCACCGACGCCGACCCAGGCCAAGGCGGCACUGCAGGCCUCUCGUCAACUCACCACCCCUUCACCGCGCCCAAAACGCCGGCUGACGUCGAUCUCCUGCUCACCGCCCCCCAUGAAGCUGUCGCAGCACACUACGAUAUUGUCGUCAACGGCGUGGAACUUGGCGGGGGGUCGCGCAGAAUCCACCAUGCCAUCGUGCAGGAGUUCAUCUUCCGCGACGUGCUGAAGAUGAAGCCCGAGCGCAUCGAGGACUUUAGGCAUCUGUUAGAUGUACUGCGCUCCGGAUGUCCGCCCCAUGUGGGCAUUGCACUUGGCUGGGAUCGUCUGAUGGCUAUGAUGUGUGGUAGCGAGAGCGUGAGGGAUGUUAUUGCGUUCCCGAAGAGUGGGCGGGGAGAGGAUUUGUUGGUGGGAAGUCCUAAUGCUAUGACGCCUGAGCAGCUGGAUACGUAUCACUUGAAGGUGAAGGAGUAG